AUGUGUUUGAUUUGCCGAGAAACAGUAGCUGUAUUUAAAGAAUAUAAUGUUAAAAGGCAUUAUGAAACAAAACAUAAUGAUUAUUUGAAAUUUAGUAGUGAAGUGAAACAAUCGAAGCUCAGGGAAUUUACGUCACAAUUAAAAACUCAACAAAAAAUGUUUAGUUCAGCAUUACAGCAACCAUCUAAUAUCGUUAAAGCAAGUUAUUCUGUCUCAUUUUUGAUUGCAAAAAAAAUGAAAAAAUUUUCAGAUGGCGAAUUUGUGAAAGAAUGUUUGGAAGCUGUAGCAAAGGAUAUUUUACCUGAUAAAAAUAAACUUUUUUCGAAUAUAAGUUUAUCCCGACAAACAGUAUGUCGUCGAAUUAAUGACAUUUCAAACGAAAUUAUUGUAAAACUACGCGAUCGAAUUCAAGAUUUUAAAUAUUUUUCUAUUGCAUUUGACGAAAGUACAGAUAUAUCAGAUACAGCUCAACUUGUAAUAUUCGUUCGUGGAGUAAAUGAAUCAUUUCAAAUAACUGAAGAAAUGUUAAAAUUGAUAAGUUUGAAAGGAACUACAAAAGGUGAAGAUAUUUUUCACGCUGUUGAAAACAGUUUAUGCGAAAACGAUUUGGAUUUGGAAAUUAUUUCUGGAAUAUCAACUGAUGGUGCACCUGCUAUGGUUGGCAAAGAAAAAGGAGCUAUAAAACUACUGAUCGAUAAAAUAGAAUCUACCAGAAAAACUAAUAAUUUCUGGAAAAGAGAUGAUUUAUUUAUAAUCCAUUGUUUGAUUCAUCAACAAAAUUUAUGUUCUCAAGUAUUAUCGAUGAACCAUGUUAUGCAAGUAGUUAUAAAAACAGUGAAUUACAUUCGAUCACAUGCGCUUCCCCACCGACAAUUUAAGGAGCUCCUGAAAGAAUUGGAUUCAGAAUAUGGUGACGUAGUAUAUUUCAGUCAUGUCAGAUGGUUAAGUCGUGGAAAAUGUUUAAAGCGAUUUUAUGAGUUACGUCAUGAAAUUGACUUGUUUAUGAAUGAUAAACAAAAACCAGUAUUAGAAUUAAAACAUUUUCCCAAUUUGAGAAAUCUGGCACAAAAAGUUGUGAGUGCUUUUGGAUCGACUUACACUUGUGAAUCGUUUUUUUCGAAAAUGAAAUUCGCCAAAGAUAAAUCACGCACAAACCUAACAGAUGAAAACCUGCAACAUCAAUUACGGUGUGCAAAUACAAGUAUUUCUAUUGAUUUGAAAAAGCUUAGUGAACGAGUUGAGAAACAAAUAUCUCACUAA